AUGAGAGCUCUGUUGCUCAUCAUUAUUUGGCAUUUUGUCAUGCCAACUAAAAAUGGUGAUGGCAUCUACCCUAGCCUUGCCUCACUCUUAGAAAACCCCUACAACACUUCUUCAAUUCAUGCUUGGGGGGCUGCUGUUCUUGCUUUCCUUCAUGGUAGAAAAAAGAAAAAUAAGGAGGGUGGCAACUUAUGGCUAGUCUUGGCUUUUUUUCUCGUCCGGAUUCCAAAAUUAUGGACGAUCCUAGGGGUUGAGAUUACAAGGGAGGAGCUCGAGGAGCUUGCUCGAGUGGAUUAUCCAUUGAAAUGGAUAAUGACUCGUUUGGAGAAAGUAUCAAAGAAUACAAGGGUCAAUUACAAGGGGGCUCUGAGGAAUGCUCUUGAAAGCCUUGAGGAUGAGGAUAAUCAUUGGAGGCCAUACAUGACGUGGGAAUUACCCGGUGACCUCCAGUCCAAUAUCGAUUGGGUUAGACGGGUCAGUCCCAUUUUUGCCAACAACUAUGUGGUGCAUCAUGCACCACAUUUGCUUGCAAAACAAUUUGGUUUGGCAAACAACGUCAAAUAUACACUGUAUCACAUCAGAAUGAAGGAUAAUCGGGGAUCAAAAUCCCACAAUUGGACUAAAAAAUAUGAAGUUCAUAUCGCGAAGUGGAUGAACCCAUUAUUUUUGGGAGAUCCACCAGCAGUCCACAGAGAGACCACCCCCAUAGAAGAUUCCCUCCCUCAUAUCCAAGAUGAUACAGAUCCUCAUGCUGCCCAUCAAGAAGCUGGUCUUGACCCUCCAGAAUCAUUUGAGCCAAUAACAGGUCUCCGUACCCCCUUGCAGCCCGAUCUCCCCUCAUCCUCCUUGCAGCCCCUCCCAGUAGUUCCAUCUCAAGACGCUUCAGGGAAAGAACUUUCCUUCCAAUAUACCCCAUCCCCCUUGCAGCCCUGCCCAGAAACAGAAUCAACAGAACUUCACCUGGCCGUUAGAAGAGAGAGGCGUAUCUGUGGGCCCCCCAUCAGGCUCACAUAUAGUAGAAAAUGCAAAAGGGGAAGACAAGGACAACCAAACAAAAAACUCCUCAUUUUGGAUUUGAAUGGAGUUCUUUUGGCACCCGGUGGCUCGAAUCGUCCACCUUACAAAUUUCGACCACACUGCUUUCAGUUUUUAGAAUUCUGCCUUUCAAAAUUUUCUGUGGCCAUUUGGUCAUCGAAAAUGAGCAAAAAUGUGGAUCCAGUAUUGAAAGAAAUGUCCAAGAAAAUGGGAAAGCAGUUACCUGAAGAACUGAAGUUCGUUUGGGAUAAUCCACAAAAACCAGUCAUGUUUAAGAAAUUGGAGAAGGUUUGGCGAGAAUUUGAAUCGUAUGACACCACGAACACAGUCUUAGUCGAUGACUCGCCUUACAAAUCAAUUCUUAACCCACCCCACAAUGCCAUAUUCCCCAAAACCUACGAUGGAUCAGUUCAUGACAAUUAUUUGGAUCUUAAAGGGGAAUUUGUAAACUAUUUGACAAAAUUAGCUGAUGCCGAUGAUGCUCAAAGCUAUAUCAGACAAAAUCAUAUUGGCUAUGAAAACAUAAAACAGGGCAGCGAGGAGUGGAACUACUACACUGCUAUCGCUUUCGUUUAG